UUGCCAUUCUAAAGAUUAUAAAAAAAGGUUGACAUAUGAAAGCUCUAAAUACAUACCAUUAUGUAUAUAUACUAACGUAAAAUACAUAUACGCAGUCAAUGGACACGACUCAUUCACACGGCAGCUGAUACGACACUGAUUAUUUUGUCUCAGUAAACGUCACAAUUAGAGACACUCGGGCACACACACAGAGACACUGCGUAUAAUUGCGCACACUGACAAAGCUCCUUAAGCGUCGUAAUCUAAACUUACCUUAGCACAAGUGAACGGACAGGGGAAAUUACAGCUUCCUUAGUUUAAACAUCAAAUAUAGCUUUUAAUAUUACGAUUAUGCUUACACACGAGUGAUAUCCCGUCCGCCCAACAACGCAUUCCAACGAUACCGUGUUACAAACAAUUUACAUAACAGACCAUUAGUGACGCUGUAGACAAAUCACCACACAGAGACAGCCGGUUGAGCCUUGCUCUUGACAUAUGGCUACUUGGCACGCAUAUUAAUAGACCCAAAGUGAUUCACAUCACUUUAGUUUCCCGAGUCACUUAUAUGAGACGAACGCGCGAUGAACCUGGUCGGUAUCGAAAUAAUAAUAUGUUGCACAAACGGAAAAUACGACGCAAACGAUAGGGGAAAGUUGUGAGAAUGUGGUGAUCUUGUGAUGAGUUGUGCGACAUCAGGGAGGCGGGUCAGAGGUGACAAUGGCAGCACCCAUGCUUUGUACCUCGAAACGAUAGUGGAAGAAACCAGCGAUGACUUACGCUCUGAACGUUCCUCCGCCGCCACUUGGCUUUCCGAUUCAGAUGCAGACUCCGUCAUACAUGUACGAGGACCUGCAGGUUCGGAAGACAGUGAGUCGGAACGGGAGUGGGCUUGCCCGGCUAAACGAAGGCGACGGGAGCGCGCUGCAUCACCGACUAGCUCUGGAUCACUUUCGCGCUCAUCAAGCCUCGCGCAGUUCGAGUCACUGGAGCGUUCCUGUGCAGCACCCGCCUCGCCUAGCCUCUCGCCAGACUCCUUGGAGUCACCCCCCGCCUCCCCACCGCCCGCGCGUGCUCCAGCACAGCGGACUCAUCUCUCAGCAGAAAAUUUAAGCGAAGACAGCGGAUACAGUGAGCGAUCGCGGCGACCGCCACCGCCCUCGCAGCGCCGCCCGCCCGAAAUAGCGCACCGGCCGCCCGCGGCCGGCAGCGCGCCCUGCCUUGCAGCAUCACCCAGUGCCGAACGCCGUCCGCCUCGUGCCGCGCGCGCUCUUUCGUUACCUGCCGAACUCGACGUAUGUGCGGAACCGCGACGCCACAUUGUGCAUCGAGCGCAUUUCCGACAAACCUUCGAAGUUACCGAUAGCCUUACUGUCAGCGUGGCCGACCUGACUGCGUUGGACUAUCGCGGCGGCCCGCGCCGCCCGCGCCUACCACCGCCGCCGCCGCCGCCGCCGCCGCCGCGUGCGCCGCGUUUACCACCGCCGCCGCCGCCACCCGUCGAUGUGGUUACACGGCAAUGCACUGCGUCGCCAAUCCGCGAACCGAGCGCUGGCAGCGACUCAACAACGGAGUCGGAGCGCGCCUUCGCACGCGAGAUGGAGACGACGGCUAGACGACUCGAUGAGACAGCGCGACGAGCCCUUGCUGAAACUGGUGAUUUCGAACGUGGCCUUUCUGUCCUUACAACUACACGAUUACAAGACUCGUGGGGUGCGUGGGACGACGUGCUCGACGAGUUGCGACGACGCCUCGAUCCACAAUCUGCGACACCAUCACCCCCUCGAACCCCUUCACCAGAUCCGAUUCGAGAACCCGUUUUCAGUUCGACGCCAUUAAGAUCGGGAGAUGCUCGAGUUAGAUCUACUCCGGAAUUGCGUGCACGCGCUACCCCACAUCGCGAAACUCCAGAAGAACUCAGAGCCUCAUUACAAUUAGUGGGUCCACCACCGCUCGGCGCGCCACCACCGGCACGUUCAAUAUCUACAGGAUCAAAGGGUGUAACAUUCUCUCCUGUAGUGGCCGAAGUAAGUUGGCGGGAAACAAGCACGACUACUACAGAGAGCGAGACAACUUCAAGCGACGAUGCAAACGACGCAGAGGUAGUGUUUGUGGAGGGGGGAGGCGAGGAGUCGCGCGCGCCGGCCGCAGAGCGCGCCGCCGACAUGACGGAUGCGGGCGCGCGCGCGCCGCGCAGCCGCAUCGCCGGUUUCCUAUCGCGGUUCGCGAACUUCCGAUUUUCUGGACGAAAGGAGAAAAAAACCAGGAGCGCAGGCGCGAACUCUCGACCGGCUCCCGGCGCGUUACCGGCGUCAGAUGCGGGGCAGGGACCGCGCGGGGCGGCCGCCGGGCCGCAGUAUGUGCGUAUCCCGCUGAAGGAGGAGGGUGUGUCGCGGGCGGCGGCACCCCCCGUGGCGGGCGGUGUGGCGCACAAGCCUCCGCGGCCGCGCCCGCCGCCCGCUCCGGCGCCCGGCGUGCUGGAGACCGACGUCGACACGCAGCGUACCGUGCUGCACGCGCGCUCUCUGCUCGCGCUCGCGCCGCCAGAGCAGCGUACUCCUCGCCCUCACAAGUCCAUGGAGUUCCUGCUGGACAAAGAAAGCGCGCAGACCGUACAGCCUCCUGAGAACGAAUUACAGAAGAAUUCUGAUCGUGUGCUCUCCGAGCACGAGCUACGGGUGCAAAGGUCAUUGCAGAAGCUCAAUGUACCAGAAUGGUACAAAAACGCACCAGCCCCUCGCGAGGGCUUCCUCCUCCGCAAGCGUCUGUCUGACGCGUCGGCGUCAGCGACAAGAUGGAGCGGUCUCAACUCGAAGACUACGUCACUUGGCAGCCUCGGGGGCGCUAAUGCGCAGCCACCACCGCCGCAGUUGUCCCCCCACACGACCAGUUUCGGACGAUGGUCUACUAGCAGACUUAACUCUAAUCAGACUUCACCCUGUUCAUCGACACGUAGCAGCAUCCGCGGUACGAGUCCGCUGUGCUCGCCAUCUGCCCGUUCGUCAUUCAGCGCUCGCCAACCAUACCUCGGCUGGCGGAGUCAGGAACGACUGAACAACACCCCACGAACGCCCCAUGAAAGGCUAGCAUCUUCCCUACUGCAACAAUCGGCAUCUUCGAAGGCGUCUGAGGAGAUCCAGUCAUCGAUCAAAGAGGUGACAUCAGCGAUUGUACAUUACGUAUCAGGAUUGGAACCAGCUAACGGUGACAUAGACAGGCAGCCAUCACCUCGUUCUAGCCAAAAGUUGUACUGGCUUGAAAGCUCUUUUGUUGGUACGAAACCAUUGGAGUCACCGCAAACACCUCUGGUAGUUUCAGACGCGCUACCUCCACCCCACCCACGGCCGCCGUCCUCCCUUCGCCUUGACCAUCGCGCGGCGCCCGACUGGCAGGAUUCCCAGCGAUCUCUGAACCUGGGCAUAGCGAGGCCGUCUCCCGGGUCGACCACCCUCGAGGACGUGCUAGACUCAUUGUUGGGACUACCGUCUCAGCCAACAAGGAUACCUACUCCCCAACCAAGUCCUAGGAAAUCGUCGAGUCCAUAUUACUUAAUGGGUGGAAAGAGUCCUCGGUACGAACAGCUAGCUAGCAGCGGACACAGUAGCAGCUCCCCAGCGUCCCGUUUCAUUGGUACUCCGAGCGAGGGUCGCAGCUCCACCACGGACCCUAGUCCAGACCGCGACCGACCAGGCAAGGAUACAGUUGAUAAUUCUGCAGCAAUGCAGGAAUCGAGACGGUCGCGGUCGGCGCAAGGCGAGCACUCCCGUCGCAGGAGUGAACCCUUCGCUCAGCCUAGUGUAUCUUUCGACCGUCGUACUAGUCUGGACGCCGCAGCCUUACGCCCCUCCGAUUCCCAGUUAACCCACCAUGAUUCCAAAGUUUCCCUUGCCUCCUUACAGACAGAGAAUAGUACAGACGAAGCGUUCGUCAAAUGCAAAUACCCUAAAUGUUCUUCUCGCGCUCCUUUAGCAGACGCGAAAAGGCAUUACAAAACCUGUCAUAAUUGUACAACAAUGUACUGCUCAAGAGAAUGCAGAAGAGCACAUUGGGAGAAACACAGAAAAGUUUGUUUACAUUCUCGAGCGAGUGCUCUAUGCAGACAAAUUAUAUCCGCGGCCAAGGAGGAUGCUGAUUCGUUGCAUCAAAUAAGUACAAUAGGCCACAAGGGAUAUUUGAAUUUCGGGAGAGGUGUGGUCAAAAUCUUUUUCACGAGUCCCGAGGCAGCGGAAAAGUUUACAACCCACGGCUUCCAGUAUUUGACAGAGCCUGAAUAUUUGAAAUGGACAUCACUGCAACCCAAUGAAAUGGGUGUGGAAUUAUAUACUGAAGUAGUAAAGUUAUGCAAAGCUUACAACCCGGAAACGAGGGUUAUUCUAUAUGUGGCUGUAUGUAUUAUUAGUGAAGUGCCAACAAAAGGCGCUGUUAAAUGGGAAAGGCAAAUGGUAUCAAGAUGUGCCAAGUUGCGACUUAGUAAAACAGUUACGGUCGCUAUACAGGAGCAGAAUCGUCGCCGACACCGAAGAGACAGCAAAAGUACGCCAGAUGACAGGGAAACUUUGAUUUUAACAUCUAAAUUGUGCAACGCAGGGGAAAAGAAUGCUGCAACAGCUCACAAGUUUAGGGAAAUAUGCUUCCACAAUAUAUCGAACGAGCUUGAAAAACGAGGGGUCGCAUUGAAAAAGCACUUUCCUGAAGUGUAUUCCAGAUUGGCGGCGUACGUGGACGGUACGAGUGAUAGGUUUAUUCCUAUGACUAUAUAUCCUAAAGAUGUGACUAGUGGGAAGUCUUUUAUGUGUGUGAUCAUGCCAGACAGUGAGGUGGACAGUGUUACGCCUGUAGAUGGGAAAGUCGUGACGGUAGACGUGGGCGUGGACAGGUCGAAGCACCAGUUAUCAACACCCAUGUAAAAUAUUCGGCGAGCUUGUUAUUAUCUCAAGAAAAGGACCGAGCAAGGUGUUAAUGAUCAUCACGCUUCUCGAAGUCAACAUUUUCAUAGACUUAUUAUUUAAAAUUUAACAUUCGAUUAUGAAUCUCGUGUGUGGAUUGAAGUAAUGUUUAAUGUGCCCUUAAAAUUUUAUGAUUAUUUUAGAUGAUACUUAUGUAAAAUUAAGUAAGGAUGCAUACAGGCCGUGUCUUACAUUUUUUUUUUUUCAACUUUUUGGAGAGUCAGGAAAAGCUGAAGGAAAUUCAAAGACGUGAAACUUGUAAAUGCCUUUAAUAUUGUUAUGUUGGCAACAUACUUGUAAUAAAGUACUGAAAAUUUGACGAUAUAGAGCUAUUACGAUAACGUCUUGGUUUUAAAAUUUAAUAAUGGAUAGUACAAGAAGCAAGAUUAUAAUUUUUUUCAAAAUAAUUAUGGUGCAGGAGAAAUGUUAAGUAGAUACUCCAAGUUUGCAAAACGUGUCCUACUUUAUUGCUUAAUAAAAUACCUAAUUGUUUUCUUCUUUAAUAUAAAUGUGCACUUAUUUUACAUAAUUUAAGAAAAUUAUACAUUGUUGUGUGUACAAGCGUGUUAAUAAGUAAAUUUUUUGUAUUUAUGUAUACUGAGCAUUUAUCUUAGUUAUCUAGAACUUGUUUCUGCGAUUUGACAAUAGUUUUUAUUAAAUGAAAUGUAUAUUUAUUGCAAAGCCGAUUUAUGGCACUGUAAGAAAAAUAUUUAUUAACUUUUUUUUAAUGGUAAUAGAGAACGAGUAUACUUUUAUUGUUCAAAAAAAAUAAUUUUUUAUACAAAAAUGUAAGCUUAUAAAUGCAUGCGAGCGAAUAGUGAGAUGUAGGUACUUACUUAAAAUAUUUCUAACAUUUUGUCUUUAGAUAGAAGAUUUAAUACAUAUUAUGAGAAUGGAAUAAAAAUUGAAGCAGAACUUAUUAAGAGAGACGAAACUACAAACUGUAGAUCAUAAACAUCUAGAUAGAGUAUCUCCCUACGAUUGCUUGGAUAAAAUCAACCUUUUUUUAAAUGGUAAAAUAAUAAAAACCUUUAUUUUAUUUAUUUACAGUUUUAAUAUAAUCAAUGUUAUACUUUUUUUUAUAAAUACUGACAAGAAAUUCGUCGUUAUGUUAUACUAAAUGACAGCAUAUCGCGUCAACUAAAAAUUUUCAAUUGUAAUAAUUAUUUGACUGUUUUUUUGGUCAUUUUUAACGGUCGAGACUCCAUCUAGAUGAAUGCAACUGCAUUGCGCAAAGAUGCUUUUAAAAUACAUAGUUGUUUUUUUUUAUAUUGAGAAUUAUAUGAGGCAAAUGCAAUUAACCCAGAGAAUAAAAUAAAAAAUAGUAUUAUAAAAUGAUUAAUUUACUUUUUCAGUACUUGUUUAAAUGUCAAUAUUUUUAUUUGAAUGCACAAUUAAAAUAACAGGUUUAAACUAAAAGUUACAUCAUAGAUGUAUUUAGAGGAAGGGGGAGGCAGGUGACUAGUGCCCAUCCCAUCCCAAACAAGACUGGUGCCAUCUCAGAAUGCUAACGAAGCUUUACCAAGAGCUAAAGGUUCAUUUACGCCUUUUUUAAGGGGCCAGGCUAGAGAAAAUUACAGUACAAUAUCAGAUACAAUAAAGCUAUGGUUUACUAGUGUGGGUGGUUAUAUCAAGCCGGCAGGUACCUACUUUGGAAAAUAGAACUGUUUUAUCUUCUCAAGUAUUCGAUAUAAAAUGUAUAUCAUUAAUAUCGUUUAAAAGGAAUAUUCAAACAAUGAAAUAAAACUAAAAUGUUUCAAGGAAACAUGGGACAAAGAAAAUUAAACUUUUGUAACCAUCUUUACAGCUGAAAGGCUUGAAAAUUUUUUACUUUUUUUUUAAGAUAAUCAGUGACGAACUAAGCCUGUCAGUGGCCCGGGGCAGCAAAGCUAAAUGAAGCCCCCAGUUUAAGAAGUUGAUAUAAUUUUACAAACUUUUUAUUCAGUUCACAUUUGUUUGUGUGUUAAUGGUUGCUUAGUUAAAAUCUUGCAAGUGAAAUUUACAUAGGACUUAAAUAAACAUACAUAGAAAAUGGAUUUAGAUGAAGAAAAUGAAAGCGUUUGGAGACCCCCUUAGGACCAGUGUCUCGGGGCAGGCUGCCACUUCCGCCUCCUCCUUUAAUCCGCCACUGAAGAUAAUGUUCAGUUUCCUUAGCAGAACACUUCUUUUGUUUAAUUUUGUUCAUUUGAUUUUUUGUUUUUCGGAAAAAUACUUAAGAGGUCAAAAGACAUAACCGGUAAUUUAGUUUUAUUUAUUGCGACAACAGCAUUUUUUUUCUAAAUCAAGUUCUGAGCCCUAGAUAUUUGUUACCUGGCUUGUGAUUGGGACUUAUAUAAUUUAUCUAACACGAAGUACUUAGUCGCAAAAAAAUUUAAAUAAAAGCGAUUCCAUACACAAUUGUUAUAUCGAAACGAUAAAAUUGUAUCUACAAUAUCUUACGGUAAAUUAUAAAAGCGCUAAAUAAUACAGGGUUUCCUAGUAUAUUUUAUGUUUUUUCUUUUUUAUUAUCUCGCCUUUGUUAGUCUUUUCUAGAUUUUUCUAGUUAGAGAACGAGAAAAUUGAUAUAAUUGUAUAGCACUUAUUUAUUAUUAUUAUAAAAUAAUGCCAAAUCAAUUAAUUAUGAAAAAACAAAACACGUCAGUACCUUAGACAGAAGAUCUUUUUGGAACGUUGUUAAAAAUUGUGAGGAGGCGCAGAUACCUUUUUAAUAUAAGUAGGUACGUUUGCUUACAUUCCGUAAAAUAUAAGAAAUUAUUAUCUUAUUACCUUUUUAAAUAUACCUACGUCUGUUACAAAUAUAUAUGUGUGACUGCGUUUUAAAUGAAACUAUUUAAUUUCCAUACAUUCCAUUCGUAAGGUUGUUAAGCAAGGCACAAAAAUGAGUUACUGUUAAAACUUUAAAGUGCCAAUGAUGUUACAGCGUAAGAAACAUUUCAAGGUAAAAUAAUGCAUAUAGGUAUCCAUUAUAAAUACCUACUUAUGAUAAAUCUGUCAAAAACAUGAAUAGGUAUCAUAUGCAUAAUUACGUCGUAUUAGAAUAGGUACAUUGUGUUAUAAAUCAUAAUGAUUAUUAAUUUAUUUUCACUGUAUUUCAAUAUGAUAUAAUUACACCCGGAUUCAUAUCCGGAUAAGAAUAUACAGUAAUCUAUUGACUUUUGUACCUACAGAGUGGAUUUGGCUACUUCUGUAUGGACAAGUGGCGUCUUAUCAGAACUGGUUUAAUACUGUACAAACCUCUACAUUAUUACUACCACAUUGUACUAUAUAUUUGUAUAAUUUUCGACUCAAAUAUCUCAGCUCGGUGUUAUAGUUUCCAUAAAAAAAUUGAUCUUUUUUUAACUGAACUUUCAAAUUAUUUCUGUAUAAUAAUAAUAAUUUAUAAUAAUAAUAUUUCCCUUUCAAUUAAAAACGACGCCAUCUUUAACAUACCUCUAUAAACUGUUUAAUACAUUGCUGUAUUAUUCUUAGAUUGUUGAUCAUUUUGAUAUUUAGGUAGAUAUAAUUUGUGAAUCCUAUGAAAUUAAUUUUAAUACCUGCCUACGAGAUAAUGAAACAUUUUUUAAUCUCAUAACGAUCCAUGGAUACACAUACUACCUAUGUACUAGGUGCCUAUAUUUCUGUAUUUUUAUUUACUAUAAAUAUUCAGUACUAUGUCUAUUUUAUAUUAUUUAAUAAAAAGAAAAUAAAUGUAAAUAUUUAUUAUUUGUUGAUGCAAUCAUUCCAUUAAAUAUAAAUAAAUGUACAUUAAUUUUAAUUUUUAAAAUUUUGGACUUAUCUACUACAUUUACCUACUAUAAAAUAUUAAACCUAAUUGUAAACGCCUCAUAUAAAAAAGAAAAUAUUUCAUACAUAAUUAUAUUCAUAAUGUUGCCAUAUCAAUUGUUUUUCAUAGUCUGGAAUACAGAUUUUAUAUCUAGUUGUCCCUAUAUGUAUUUCAAAUAAACGGCCCAGCUAAUUAA